AUGUGGACAAUACUGAAGGCUAUUUGGCACAGCCAAAGGAUGCUGGUCUAUCCAUCGGGCUUUGAUGCAUAUCCACGAAUCGUGGAUACCCCAGCAGAGUACUCUAUGCCAUACGAAGAUGUUCAACUCGUCACGAAGGAUAAAGUGACUCUAUACUGUUAUCUCGUCCGGAAAGACAACCUCGAAAAAACUAGGGGUACUGUGAUACUAUUCCAUGGCAAUGCAAUGAAUCACGGGGACAUGCUGUCUCGAGCGACAAAAUUCUUUUAUCAAGGUUUUGCUGUACUGACACUUGAAUAUCGCGGCUAUGGCCAUUGCAAAGGCGUGCCAUCUGAGCGAGGUCUUUGCCUCGAUGCGCAGGCCGCGGUAGACUACGUAACGUCCCACCGCACGCUGCGUGAUUUACCAAUCAUUAUAUACGGGCAGUCAUUGGGUGGCGGUGUAGCCAUUUAUGCCACAUAUAAAAAUAUUAAUAAGGUAUCCGCUCUGAUUAUAGAGAACACCUUUACAUCCAUACCAGAUCUCGUGAAGGGCAUGCCGCUCAUCAGACAUUUUUCCUGGCUGUGUACUCAAAAAUGGAGGUCUUUGGCCAAGUUGUCCCGUCUCCCAACGUCUUUGCCUAUAUUGAUGCUUAGUGGUCGAAGCGAUGAGGUGAUACCUUACACACAUAUGGACAGAUUAUGGGCGGUAGCCCAAACUAGAGGUUGCUCAAAGAACAAAAAGAACCCUUCGAAUGAAGAGUAUCAACCUCCCCAGAAGGAUCUGUACAAGGUUUUUCUUUAUGGAUCCCACAAUAAUACAUUUCUACAGCUCGACUACUGGGAGACUAUCUUUCAUUUUCUAGAGACCGUUCUCGAAUGA